GUUGCGGAUAUGAACCAGAUUCAUCUCGGUUCAGGUUUCCCAAAUGAAACCCCACAGCUUGGUCUAAGUCUACAGACAUUUUACAAGCAGGAUGCUGAGUUGAUGAUGUCAGAGCCAGUGUUGAGUACACUGGUGGUCUAUCCAUCAUCAGAGUUCACAGAGGUUCUACUGAUGCCGACUCUGACCGUGGAGCCUUCAGGACGACAGGUGUACACUGAGGACACAGUCACCUUGGCAUGUCAGUUACCUGGCCACUCUGGGCUGGGCUGGCAGUUCUACUGGCACAAAGACAGGCAGGACACUGGCCCUGUGGCGCAGAUAUGGGGCAGUGGUGGAGGUGGGGCGGUCUACCAACUGUGGCGUGCCUCUAUCACACACACAGGCCAGUACUGGUGCAGAGCAGGGAGAGGACAGCCAGUCUUCUACACCCAAUACAGCCAGGCAGUCUCUGUUAAUGUCAUUGAGCUCUUCACAUCAGUGACUUUGUCAGCAUUUCCUUCGACCGUGGUCAAAGAGGGCGGGGCUUUCAACCUCACCUGUAAGGCCCAGCUUAACAACUGCAAGCUGAGCCAACAUCAUGGUAACCACAGUCUACAUAGUCACCCUGAUCCUGACCGUAACUGGACCACAGUGGUUGUAACAUUCUCCUUCCUGAGGGACGGCUGGCCAGUGGCCAGGGACUCUGUCAGUGGGAUGUACAGCGUAGCGAGGGCUUCUAGCUGUCACAUGGGGACCUACAGCUGUGUGGCCAGAGCAGGCAGGGCCAGGAGGAGCAGUCAGGAGAUCAGCAUCACACUAGACAACCUGUCUCUGAUACUGGUCACCUGCUUUGGCACCUUCCUGAUCCUCUCCGUGGCUCCAUUGGCAUUUUUUGUGAGACUAUACGCGAUGAGAUUAUGGCAGCUCAGAGGCAGAGGACAAGGAGAAUUGCAGUGCAAUGAGUGCAGUACAAUACAGGGACCAAAAUGGAGGACAGGUGAGACGUGCUGUGAGAACUCAUGUAGUUCACAUGGCUGUAUUAGUGCACAGGUGUAGGAUCUUAAUUUGAUCACCCUGUUGCAUGUUUUUUACUAAAAGAUUAAAACAGAUGUUUUAUUGUAAUCUUGCAGAUGUAUCUGGACCCAGCUGACUUGAGAAACUUUCUAUCAUUUAUUACAAAAUUGGAGUGUAGAAUAAUAAACAUAUAAUUAUUUGGAGAAUUUUGACCAAAGAAUGUUUUUGUUUUAUUUUCACCACACCCAAAUAAUACAUUGAUUCAACACUGCAACAUGCCUGUAUUGUCAAAUAGAGCCAACUCUUUUCUCAUAACAGGUUCCAUAUUUUGUAAAGAAAUAACUGCCCACCACCAGUUGAUUAAAAGUGAGUGUGAGUGAAUUUCAACAGUGUAAGGCAAGCUAUAAUAUGUUUGCCCUUAUGUUCCAUUUAUUGGUGAAUUGUUAGACCUAAAGGAUUGUAUGAUGAAUGGGCCAAGAUCUGAGAAUUGCAUUCUGUCUCCAUAUAAACUCACAAAAAAAGAAAUGUCCCUUUUUCAGGACCCUGUCUUUCAAAGAUCAUUCGUAAAAUCCAAAUAACUUCACAGAUCUU